AUGAGUGGAAUAGAGUCUAUUAUAAUCAUUAUAGAUAUUAUAUUAAACAGUGUAGGAGGUGAUAGAUACUUGUUAUCAUUCCCAUACAUGUUGGUUUGCAAGAAAUGGUAUCAAAUAUUUCAAAGUGAUGAAUUUUGGAGAAGUCUAUGUUUGGCUAGAUGGACAAGUUUAUCAUUACUCAAAGAUGAUUAUCAAAUCACCAUCGAUGGUUCAAAUAUCGAUAAAGAUCGACUUGGAAAGGUUACUUGUUACUUUGAUCCUGUCAAUGGUUCAGAAUUUAAGUUCCCAGUUUUCAAGGUCAAAUGUUGGAAAGAUCUUUUCAAAUCAAGAUUCAAUAGAACUCUUCAUCUCAGAUAUAUAAAUAAUAGAUAUAUCACUCAGUAUCUCAAUUAUGUGGAAGAACUUGAAAGUAAAUUGGUGUAUCCAGUAGGAAUGGUUAAGAAAAUGGAACCUUUGGACGAGUUGGUGUUGGAUGGCUACCGAAGGAUCAACGAUGUAGAAUCAUUGUUUCUUUUAGAGUCUGUUGUAUACGAUUCAAUCUCUGAGAUGAAUGGAUACGAAAAACAUGGUUAUAUACAUAACUUGGCAACUUCUGGAAGUUUCAUGUCUCUUUGUGGAAAGAAAGCAACCAUGAAGAAGCAACUUUAA